AUGGAGGACAGCUUAUUCAACCCUAUGGAGGACAGCUUAUUCAACCCUAUCGAGGACAGCUUAUUCAACCCUAUGGAGGACAGCUUAUUCAACCCUAUCGAGAACAGCUUAUCCAACCCUAUCGAGAACAGCUUAUUCAACCCUAUCGAGAACAGCUUAUCCAACCCUAUGGAGGACAGCUUAUUCAACCCUAUCGAGAACAGCUUAUCCAACCCUAUCGAGAACAGCUUAUUCAACCCUAUCGAGAACAGCUUAUCCAACCCUAUCGAGAACAGCUUAUUCAACCCUAUCGAGAACAGCUUAUUCAACCCUAUGGAGGACAGCUUAUUCAACCCUAUGGAGGACAGCUUAUUCAACCCUAUGGAGGACAGCAUAUUCAACCCUAUGGAGGACAGCUUAUUCAACCCUAUGGAGGACAGCUUAUCCAACCCUAUGGAGGACAGCUUAUUCAACCCUAUGGAGGAAGCAUCCAACCCUAUGGAGGACAGCUUAUUCAACCCUAUGGAGGACAGCUUAUUCAACCCAAUGGAGGACAGCUUAUUCAACCCUAUGGAGGAAGCAUCCAACCCUAUGGAGGACAGCUUAUUCAACCCUAUGGAGGACAGCUUAUUCAACCCAAUGGAGGACAGCUUAUUCAACCCUAUGGAGGAAGCAUCCAACCCUAUCGAGGACAGCUUAUUCAACCCUAUGGAGGACAGCUUAUUCAACCCAAUGGAGGACAGCAUAUUCAACCCUAUCGAGGACAGCUUAUUCAACCCAAUGGAGGACAGCUUAUUCAACCCUAUCGAGAACAGCUUAUCCAACCCUAUGGAGGAAGCAUUCAACCCUAUGGAGGACAGCUUAUUCAACCCUAUGGAGGACAGCAUAUUCAACCCUAUGGAGGAAGCAUCCAACCCUAUGGAGGACAGCUUAUUCAACCCUAUGGAGGACAGCAUAUUCAACCCUAUGGAGGAAGCAUCCAACCCUAUGGAGGACAGCUUAUUCAACCCUAUGGAGGACAGCUUAUUCAACCCAAUGGAGGACAGCAUAUUCAACCCUAUCGAGGACAGCUUAUUCAACCCAAUGGAGGACAGCUUAUUCAACCCUAUCGAGGACAGCUUAUCCAACCCUAUCGAGGACAGCUUAUUCAACCCUAUGGAGGACAGCAUAUUCAACCCUAUGGAGGACAGCUUAUUCAACCCUAUCGAGGACAGCUUAUCCAACCCUAUCGAGGACAGCUUAUUCAACCCUAUGGAGGACAGCUUAUUCAACCCUAUGGAGGACAGCUUAUUCAACCCUAUGGAGGACAGCUUAUUCAACCCUAUGGAGGACAGCAUAUUCAACCCUAUGGAGGAAGCAUCCAACCCUAUGGAGGACAGCUUAUUCAACCCUAUGGAGGACAGCUUAUUCAACCCAAUGGAGGACAGCUUAUUCAACCCUAUCGAGGACAGCUUAUCCAACCCUAUCGAGGACAGCUUAUUCAACCCUAUGGAGGACAGCUUAUUCAACCCUAUGGAGGACAGCUUAUUCAACCCUAUGGAGGACAGCUUAUUCAACCCUAUGGAGGACAGCAUAUUCAACCCUAUGGAGGAAGCAUCCAACCCUAUGGAGGACAGCUUAUUCAACCCUAUGGAGGACAGCUUAUUCAACCCUAUCGAGGACAGCUUAUUCAACCCUAUGGAGGACAGCUUAUCCAACCCUAUGGAGGACAGCUUAUUCAACCCUAUCGAGGACAGCUUAUUCAACCCUAUGGAGGACAGCUUAUCCAACCCUAUGGAGGACAGCUUAUUCAACCCUAUGGAGGACAGCUUAUUCAACCCUAUGGAGGACAGCUUAUUCAACCCUAUGGAGGACAGCUUAUCCAACCCUAUGGAGGACAGCUUAUUCAACAGAAUAACAUGGGAGCCUGGAAAUGGGAUCACUACAAUCCCCGCCCUUAUGGAGUGGAGGCACAAAAGCUGCUUUCCACACUUUGGGGAUAUUUCCUGA